AACAACUUGUUGUGAAAACUUUUUAAUAACACGAGUGUAUUAAUUAGUAAUUAAUAAAUUUAAUUAAAAAAUCAAAACAAAACAAACAAAUUAAUUAAUACAAAUGGAGGGAAACGCUGGUAAGCGAAUCAAAUGCAAGGCUGCGGUGGCCUACGGGCCGGGACAGCCCAUGUCCGUCGAAGACAUAUACGUGGAUCCGCCAAAAGCCGGUGAAAUACGGGUCAAAAUCGUGGGCAGCGGUAUCUGCCGGUCAGACCUCCAUAUACUGGACACCAACAUUGCCAACGACUUUACCUUCCCGUUGAUUAUGGGUCACGAAGGGUCAGGUGUUGUGGAGAGUGUGGGCACAGGUGUGACCGCGUUCUCGCCCGGCGACCACAUCAUACCUCUUUGGAUACCCAAUUGCCAGAAAUGUGAUCUAUGUAUGAAUCGCAAGACAAACUUCUGUCAAACCGGAACUCAGGAGACCAUGAAUGUAAUGCCCGACGGGACGACCCGAUUCUGGACACUUGACGGCAAACCCAUAUACAAGUCCAUCGGUUGCGCCGCUUUCAGCGAAUACACAGUUAUGCCAAUUGAGUCGGUUAUAGCCAUUGACAAGUCGGUAGACUUAGAGAAGGUUUGCUUAAUCGGGUGCUGUGUGGUCACCGGUUACGGCAAUGUGGUCAACGUGGCCAAAGUGGACCGGGACAGUCAGGUGGCAGUGUUUGGUCUAGGUGCGAUCGGAUUGGCCGCCAUUAUGGCGGCCAAAGAGUGCGGCGCCCGGCGUAUCAUCGGUGUGGACAUCAAUGAGGACAAGUUCCCGAUCGCCGCCAAGUUUGGCGCCACUGAAUGCGUAAACCCGCAAAAACUGCCCGACGGUGUGGCCACUGUUGAGCAGCUGUUCCAGUCGUCGUACGGCGGACUCGACUAUACGUUUGAAUGUGUGGGUAAUGUGCGGGCGAUUAAGUCGGCCUUCGAGUCGCUUAACCGAUGGGGUGUCUGUGUUGUGGUCGGUCUCCCGCCCAGAGGUACAGACGUGCCGAUCAAUCCCUGGCUGUUAUUGACGGGCCAGAAGCUGACGGGCAGUUUCUACGGCGGCUAUAAACCCAGGGAAGGGAUCAAGUAUUUGAUGGACAAGUAUAUGAGCGGUCAAUUGGAUUUGGAUUUGUUUGUAACCAAUAAAUUGAAAUUACAAGACAUUAAUCGCGGCUUUGAUCUCAUGAGGAAAGGCGAGACCAUUAGGACUGUCAUUGUAUUUGAUAAAUAAUGUUAAAAUAAAAAUUUAAUAUUAAUUAUAAUGAUUAAAAUUUUUAAAUAAAAAUUGUUUAACUCGUUUUUCUAUAGACGUUUUAC